GGCUUUUCAGCAGAACAACAAGUUCAGCUACACUUGUAAAAUAGCCAGUGGCUAUUUAGCAUCCUUGACACUUAAAGUGGUAAAAAAGGAAAUAAAGAAGGAGAAGAAGCUGUUAGCAACUCAUGAGGAAAAAAAAACCAUAUUGGAAGUCUCCAAAGGGUGAAAUAGCAUCACACUGCUUUACCAACAUUGGAGGAAGAGGAGCAAUUUGCCUGAAGCUCUCAGCCCUUUGGUAUUACUAACGAUGGCAUUCCAUAGUAGAACUGUGUCCUUUUUCUUCUCAAUCUGGAUGGCAAAUUUCAUGGCACAACGUACAAUUCUUCUGAAAGAUAUUCGGAUGUCAAACUGCAGAAUUGUGGGUGUAACACUUGUUGUAGAUACGGCUAAUAUUAAUUUUAAUUUUGCUGAAGCAGAACCAGUUUGCAGGCAGCUGGGAUUAAUGCUAGCACACAAAUCCAAGAUUGAAGCUGCUUUGAAACAUGGCUUUGAAACUUGCAGUUUUGGCUGGGUAGCAGAAGGCUAUGUUGUAAUUCCCCGGAUAACUCCAAAUGAAAAAUGUGGGAAGAAUAAAACUGGGAUUGCCAUCUGGAGAAUGGAUGUAGAAAAGAAAGCUCGUGUCUAUUGUUACAAUUCUUCAGAUACGUGGAUUAAUUCAUGCAUCCCGGAAGAAAGCACAGUUUCAUUACCAGAAAGUUCCACCGAGAUGAACUCCACUUUUACAGCCUCGUUUCAGGAUACCUCCGCAGUGGUUGACACAACUCAGUUACAACAAACCCAAAAGCCCCCAAAGUAUCGCGUCAUAUGUGUAACAGAAACUUUGUCUCCCGAUUCCGAACCUACUCCCGAGAAGGAAAAUUUGAUUUUCACUGAUAAACGAACUGCCUUUAAAAAUGAAGGUGUCCCAUUUGGAGCUGUACCUAUCGUGCUUCUGGUGCUUGCCCUCUUCUUCUGUGCAGCUGCAAUGGUUUUAGCUGUCUGCUAUAUCAAAAA